AUGGGUGAAUAUGAGCCCAAAAUUGAAGUGCAUUUCCCCACAUCUGUAAUGGCUGCCAAAGGAGUGACUGUCAGGCUGGAGUGCUUUGCUCUGGGAAAUCCAGUGCCAACAAUCACGUGGAGAAAGAUAAAUGGUAUCUUUCCCAAAAAGGCAAGACUCCGAAAGUCACAGGCUGUACUGGAGAUUCCUAAUAUUCAGCUGGAAGACUCGGGGACUUAUGAAUGCAAAGCUGAGAAUACAAGAGGAGGAACUUCUUUCAAAGGACACCUGCUGGUCUACUCCACCCCUCAGUGGGUCAGAAUGAUUAAUGACACUCAGAUGGAUAGUGGAGAGAAGCUUCAGUGGGAGUGCAAGGCCAUGGGGAGGCCCCGGCCCACCUAUCGCUGGAUUCGUAAUGGUUUGCCCUUGACUUCCCAGGGUCGACUUGAAAUAGUGAAUGGGGAACUGACCAUUAACAAAGUGCAACAGGUAGACUCAGGAAUGUACCAAUGUGUGGCUGAAAAUAAAUAUGGAGCCGUCUACGCCAAUGCAGAGCUGAAGAUUUUAGCAUCACCGCCCCUAUUUGUCCCUAAUCCCAUACGGGUCAUCGCCACGCUCGGAAAAGACGUUUCUCUGGAAUGCAAGCCAAAGGCAUCACCUAAACCCCGGAUAACAUGGAGGAGGGGAGACAGAAGGCUACAGGCCAGCAAAAGGAUUACGGUGCUGCGGAACAACACUCUAAAAAUUGUGAACUCCAGCCGAGCAGACGAAGGGAACUAUGUGUGCCGGGCAGAGAAUCAGCUGGGCUCUGCAGAGAUGACUGCCAUACUCUGGGUAAAAGAGGCCAUGCGUGUGGUGCUGAGCCCAAGCAGAGUGGAGGUGACCGUGGGGGAGAGCGUUGUACUGAGCUGCAAAGCAACACACGACACAUCGCUAGAGGUUGCUUUCCAGUGGUUCUUCAACCAGAAACCGAUCGACUUUCAGCAAGACGGCAGUCACUUUGAGUACAUCCAAACACAGACUUCAACGGUGGAUCUGAUGAUUAGGAGCAUUUUGCUGAAGCAUGCUGGGAAGUAUGGAUGCAGAGCCCAGACCAGCGCUGAUACAGUAUUUGCAGAGGCAGAACUUCUUGUACGAGGUCCUCCUGGACCCCCUGGAGUGGUUAUUGUGGAGGAGAUCACAGAUGCAACUGCCACCUUGUCCUGGACUCGUGGCCUUGACAACCACAGCCCUAUCAGCACCUAUAAUUUACAAGCUCGGAGCCCCUUUUCGUUGGGGUGGCAAACUGUCAAAACAGACCCAGACCCAGUGACAGGAGACAUGGAGUCAGCUAUGGCCGUGGAGCUCAGCCCCUGGGUGGAGUAUGAGUUCAGGGUGGUGGCCAGCAAUGCUAUUGGGACGGGUGAUCCAAGUACACCUUCUAGAAAAGUUAGGACUAAAGAAGCAGUUCCAGCCGUGGCACCAUCGAACGUCAGUGGAGGGAACGGCCGAAGGCAUGAAUUGGUCAUCUCGUGGGAGCCUGUGUCUGAGGAGUUCCAAAAUGGCGAGGGCUUUGGAUAUAUUGUUGCAUUCCGUGCCAACGGGACUAGAGGCUGGAAGGAGAAGAUGGUGACCUCUGCAGAUGCUACGAUGUACAAAUACAGGGACGAAACUUUUCCUCCACUCACUCCAUUUGAAGUGAAAGUUGGUGUAUACAACAAUAAGGGAGAUGGGCCCUUCAGCAAAGUUGUCAUCAUCCAUUCUGCAGAGGGAGAGCCAAGGGAAGCACCAUCUGAUGUAAAAGCCUACAGUGUCUCUUCCUCGGAAAUUAGGGUGACCUGGAAACCGCCCAAUCCUGGCCCAGGAAAACCAAGAGGAUAUGAGGUCACCUACUGGAAGGAAGCAGAGCAGGAGGAGUCCGCAGAGAAACGACGCACAGUUAAAAAUGAAACAUCUAUGCUGCUGACAGGGCUGGACGGGAACAGCGCCUACCUUAUUUCAGUGAAAGGCUUUAACAGCAUCGGCCAGGGUCCUGCUAGUGCAGCUGUCAUAGCCAAGACCAGGAAAUCUCCUCCUGCUCAGCCUCCAUCCAACCUCAUGUGGAUACAAGAAGGCAAUAACAUCUCAUUAAGCUGGGAUCCAGUUAAGGCAAAAGACAAUGAGUCUGACGUCAUCGGAUACAUGGUGUUACUCAAACAGGAGGGCCGUGGCCACAUCCAGGUGACCAGAACCAUUAACCCCUCCACCAUGCUCUCACUGCCAGAGGGGGGCACUUACAUCAUCAAGGUGUACGCACUCAGUGAAGGCGGAGAGGGAGCCUUCAGCACCGAGGUUCGAGUUGUCACCUCCUCUGGCGUUCGAGCAAAAAGCAGCCAGCAGUCAGUGCAUUGCCUGAAACAGAGCAUAACAUGGACAGCGCUGAUUUCGGUUCUCCUGAUGCCUUCGAUUUCUUGGUGAGGAAGCUCUCACAUCCUCAUGUUUCUGAAGGGAGGCCGCCACCCAUCUGCUCCCUAACUCCCUCUGACUGCCUGAAUGCUUUGGCCUUAGACGCCUAAAAGGGCCCAAGGUUUGCCAACGGGGAUCAAGUCAGCCAGAUUCCAUUCAACACCACUGAAGUCAUACUUUUUUGGUUUCAUCCAAAGGCCCCAGAUGUUUUGAUUUGCACAUUAUUUUCUGAACAUCACAGUCAGGUGGUGCUGUAAUGUAACUUUGUGUGGAAAGAUUUGUUACAUGGUUUGUUUUAACCUUCUGGGUCUUUCUCGGUGACCGGUACCUUACCACUUCCUGAAGGCUCCCACAGCUCCAGGGAUCCAUGGAGCAUAAACUAUUCCUUGAACGCUGCUGUGGUAGUAAUACAGGAAUCAGCUGACAUGUUAACUUUCAUUACUGAUCUACAUUAAUUUACACGUUGGCUGCCUAACAGCAAUGCAGCAGAGGCUCCAUAGAGAUAAGUGCAUUGUUUUCUUAUUCACACACUGAGGAGAAAAAAAAAAACUUUUAUAUGGAACCAAGAAUAUUACUAUUUCCAGAUUUGCUUUUUGUACAUUGUGUUACCUUUAGAAAAAAAUAACAGUGAUGUGUGUCAGCUCUGUCCAACUCUGUUUUUUAGUAGCGACUCAGAAAUGCUUGUUGAUACAGUUUGUUCACUGUUGGAUGUAUGGAAGUAGGAAACUGGUACCUUUAGUGCCCAAACUCAUGAAUAGACAAAGAGAACUCUGUACGGACCCCUGGUGUCAGUACAAAUAAAU